CUCCGGCAUUAGAUAUCGUUGGGCAGUUGCGCCUCAGUUUCCCAAGGCUCCACACUGAUGACGUUGAGUCAUUUCUUCAAACGCCUUCCCUACAUGAUCGUCUCUCGCUUUCCUCUACGGCACCGCCGUCUGAUUCGCCGUCUCCCUCCACCGACUCGCUUCUUAGAUCUCUCCUCAGCAUUUGUUGGAGUGAGACAUCAAUGGAGAGUUGUUUCAGUCCAUGUCAAUACUUCAACGUCAUCGUCUUCUUCAUUUUCUUCGCAACCAUCGUUGGAGACUACAGAACCUGACUCCUCCUCUUCUUACAUUUCCGUCCAAAUUCACUGCCCAAAAGAUGUUGCGGAUAUGUUUUCCGAAGCUCUGAUAUGUUUUGGUGCGAGUUCUACCAGUAUGGAUGAACAAGACUCCAAUGAAGCUACCAAUAAGAUCUGCAUUAGUUCAAUAUUUUCUGAAGGCCAUGACGUGAACAUGUGCAUCUCAGAUGCUGCUGAUUCCAUAGGCUUGAAAGAGAUACCCAGUUACGAAGUUACCAUGGGUGAACAGUUUGACUGGAUAAAGAAAACUCAGGAAUCAUUUUAUCCAGUUGAAAUUAGUGAAGGACUUUGGGUUGUGCCUGAAUGGAGAAGUCCCCCAGAUGUUCAAGCAACAAAUAUAAUUCUUAAUCCUGGAUUUGCAUUUGGAACUGGAGACCACCCGACAACUAAGCUGUGUCUAUUGCUGCUAAAGGGCUUGAUAAAUGGAGGAGAGCACUUCCUGGACUAUGGCACAGGUUCUGGAGUUCUCGCAAUUGCUGCACUUAAGUUUGGUGCUGCAUUAUCUGUUGGAGUUGACAUAGAUCCCCAAGCAAUUACAUCUGCACGUCAGAAUGCUGCUCUAAACAACAUAGGACCUGAGAAGAUGCAGUUACACCUGCUCCCUAGUAACACUAGCUUUCCAAUGAUUGAUGCAAUGACAGAUGAAUAUAUGGAAGGACAGAGUGCACAUCGCAUGGGAGUCUUCUCUGAAACAGAGAAAUAUGAUGUGGUCAUUGCAAAUAUACUUCUCAACCCUCUGCUAGACCUAGGAGAUGAUAUUGUUUCUUACGCUAAAUCCGGAGCUGUUGUUGGUGUCUCUGGUAUAUUAUCUGAACAGCUUCCAUAUAUUGUAGAACAUUAUUCGCAGUUUUUGGAAGGCAUGUCAGUGUCUCAGCAAGAUGGUUGGGCCUGUGUAAGUGGCAUGAAGAAGAAAAGAAAUCUUACCAUUAGCUGAAAAGAGCAUCUGUUGAGAAGCAAGAAGCUAAAGCACGCACCAACCACCCAAUUACGAACUUGAUAUUUGAUCGCUAAUGCUGAUUCAUGGUGUUGGAUUUCAAGCAUACAUUGCCUCUGUGGCAGAUUCCUGGAGCACAGUCAGUAAAUCACAGCAUUGCUUUUAUAUUUGGAAAAAAAUAAAAAUAAAAAGAGGCUCUUCUCUCUUUAGGGGGAAAGCUCCCAUCUGUUCAUCUUCCCUUCUUCUUGUAUGCCUGAAUUUUUUCACUAGUUGAGAUGAGGCUUUGCUGUUGGUUUUGGUUU